GCUGUAUACUCUGUCUCAAAGUAGAAUACACCGGGCGGCCGACCGGUUUUCGUUCGGUAUGCGCAUCUGCUCCCCUCCAGUUUGCGCGCCAGGUGAUCUACGCGGUCGUCCACAUACCAAUUAAACAACCGUUAUACAGUAUACACCGUACACAAAAUAUUUUAUUGCUGUCUGCGAUUGACUACGUCUCGCUCUGCACGUCGUUUGCACUAUCACUAUAACCUAAUCGUAUUUUGAUUUGUAUUUUUUGUAUUUUUGCCGUGUAUAGUUUUUUUAAGUAUAUUUACGCCAUGGACAACGAAGUUUCAGAUUUUACAUCACCAGCGAAGAAAAAUAAGAGAGGAAAGUGGGUUUCUUCACAGCAGAAGGAAAUGAUUGUCAACCAUUACAAAAGCAAAGUCCAAGCGAACCCAAAAAUCACAAUACGUGAAGCCCGGACAAUCAUUUCAAAAGAAUUGGGGAUUGGAGAAAAAACCAUAUCCAAUACAUUAAAAGAAUACCGUGAAACUAAAACCGUCAGUUCACCAAAUAAAGAACGGAUCCAUAAAAAUGUGAUUUCGAAGACGGAUGAUUUUGAUAAAUAUGCCAUAAGAAGAAAAAUUCACAAUUUAUGGAUAAAUCGUGAGUUACCCACGCUUGACAAAAUACUUUCGGUCGUCAACGAAGAUGAAAGUCUACCAUCUUUUUCCCGAGCGACAUUACAUCGACUUUUAAAAUCGAUGGAUUUCGUUUACACCAAAAGAGGACGAAACAGUGCGCUUUUAGACUCCAAUGAACUUAUUCUUUGGCGGAGGAGAUAUUUGCGAAAUAUCAAAAAAUAUCGUGAGGAAGGUCGUCCAAUUUACUAUCUGGACGAAACGUGGGUUAAUGCUGGAGACGUCAAUACCAAAGUGUGGGUCGACAAAACUGUCCAAUCUAGUCAACAUGCGUUUUCCCAGGGCCUUUCAACUGGUCCCGUAAAUCCGAGUGGUAAGGGGAAACGAUUAAUAGUCGUUCAUAUUGGCUCUGAAGAUGGAUUCGUUCCUGGAGGAUUAUUGUCGUUCGAGUCGAAAAAGAACACUAGUGACUAUCAUGACGAAAUGAAUGGGCAAAGUUUCCGUGAUUGGUUACUAUGUGUUUUGCCGAAAUUAAAAGAUAACGCGGUAAUCGUUAUGGAUAACGCUCCUUACCAUUCGGUAAAAUUAGAGAAAUGUCCAACAACAAAUUGGAAGAAAGCGAACAUUAUUGAAUGGCUUCAAAGCAAAGGGGAGGUAAUUGAUAGCACUAUGAUUAUACCAGAAUUAUUGGAUAUUGUGAAACAACUAAAACCAUUGUACGACAAAUACGAAAUCGAUGAACUAGUUUCACAACACAAUAAAACAGUGCUACGAUUACCUCCAUACCACUGCGAACUCAAUCCGAUUGAAAUGGCUUGGUCGGUAAUCAAAAACCACGUAAAAUCGAAUAACAAGACUUUCAAGCUUAAAGAUGUCCAAAAGCUCUUGAUUGAAGGCGUAAAUAAAGUCACUGAAGAAAUGUGGAGAAAUUUUAUAAGCCACACUGAAAAUGAAGAGGACAAAUUUUGGAACAUCGAUAUGAUUGUGGACGAGUUAAUGGCUGAACGACAAGAUUUAGUUAUGACGAUCGGGCCAGAGCGAUGA